UGUCGUGGCGUUGAUCUCGAUUAAAAUAUUCAAUCAUGCCGCCUGGAGCAGAGUUUUGACUCACGGACUAGCGGUCGAGACGCUACAAUGGAUCCUCGGUGCCGACGAUGCGUCAAAGAGCUUCAGGGACGACAGCAGAUUAUUAGUUCGAUGUAGAAAGGGUGUGCAAUGAGAGCCAUCCUAGCACACUUGGGCUAGCUUGUGAAGGCCAGCGCGCGUCUGACCGGUGUCAUAGGACGGAAAGCCGCUUGGCACCAGUUUAAAACGGUUUGGUGACGCAAACCAUCGAGGCAUCGACGGCCAAUCGAGAUGGAGGCGAAUCAUACCAGUCGAUGCUAAGACUCUGGACGAGACGAACAUCAAACAAGACUUUCUGUCACAUCUGUCAAUCGAAAUCCCUGGGACCCCACCGUUCGCACUGCUUAUCGGCACCGUCCACUCUAUUUCUGCAACGGAGUACACGUAUCACUGAGUUCAGACGUGCGUGCCAGCAGCUGCUGAGGCCAAGAGUCCGCGCGGACGAUCACUCCGGAGAAGUCGGACGAUCCCAGAUGGAUGAGCCACAGACACGCGCGAAUCGGCGCAGCGCUGAACGGACUGGCACGUGGGAUGCGUUUACCUGGGGUCUGCGACGUCAAGGGAUUCCGAGAAGGGUUGUGAUGUGCGCUCGGUUGGAAUCAGCGAUAAGACGGCCCUCAGUAGGUGAGUGUUGCUUGUUGCGUGGACGAUUGCAUCAUGGCUUCAGAUCCAGAUCGAGAAUGCGACAUCGCAGCGAUGAGCAGACGAGGAUGACGAAGGUCUCAUCUGAUGACAACAGACAUGAGACAGCGGGAAUUCUGGUUGUCGCCCGUUGAAACACUCUACUGCUGCAGACCUUGGCCAGUGGAAAAGAGAGCAUGACGUGACUUGAUGGCAGCGGAUGUCCGCAGUCUUGAAUUUAUUG